CCUAGACGAGCUGUAGCGUGACCAACAACAUGUCCGACGACAACAAAGCAAAUAGCUUCUGGAGAAAGGCAUAUCGCGCCUUUGCUCCUGAAGCCGAAAAGGGUGAUGAUGGGCGGGAUAACUGGCCUUCGAGAACGGCCUUCGUCCUCGCCUGCAUGGGAGGUACUGUUGGUCUGGGAAACCUCUUGCGAUUCCCGUCGAUUGCCUUCCAAAACAAUGGAUUACAAUGGUUCAUACCAUAUUUCAUGGCAGUCUUCCUUCUGGCUAUCCCUGUAGUCAUUCUUGAGGUGGCCAUCGGCCAGGCCUACCGCGGCGGAUGCCUCGUCGCAUACGACCACAUAUCACGCCGGACCAAAGGCCUCGGGCUUGCUCUCGUCAUGAACGGCUACAUAGUCUGCAACUACUUUGUUCCCAUCCUGGCCUGGGUCAUGAUCUAUUUCCGACAUUCAUUCUCCAACCCACUUCCGUGGGCUGAAGACAGCCAGGACUUCUUCGACAAUCAAGUCGUCCAAGCCGUGUCGGGCAUCCCAGGAGAGAUUGUCGACGGCUCCGUGACUAGCUACACCUCAUACCCAGAGAUGGGGAUGGUAGGCGAGAUUGUCGGGUGGAGCGCCUUCACCUGGUUUGUAGUCUGGCUCUGCAUGUUCAGCGGUGUUGGAAUGACGGGCCGCGUGGUUUACUUUACCAUGGGGAUGCCGAUCGUGAUGAUCAUCAUUCUCCUUGGUCGCGGUGCAUCCAUGGAGAAUGCAGUCGAGGGCAUCAAGCUCUAUGUGGCCGAGUGGCAUGGCGAUAAGCUUGGGCGACCCGCCAUUUGGCAGGCUGCUGCGAGUCACAUAUUCUUCUCCAUUGGCGCAGGCAUGGGUUAUUACACCUCAUAUGCUUCGUAUAACCAAAAGUUUUCCAACGCAGUGCAGGACGCACUCAUCAUUGCUUGUAGCAAUUCGGCCAUCGAGGUCUCAGCAGGUUUUGCUGUCUUCGGCAUUGUUGGCUAUCUCGGAAUUCGGCCAGACAGUGGUGAAGUACUUGGGACGUACAACCUGGCCUUCAUCACUUUACCUGCCGCCUUUGUGCAGAUGCCCGGGAGCAACUUUUGGGCCGUGAUUUUCUUCAUCACAAUCAUGGUGCUCGGGUUCAGCUCUUGCUUUGCCAUGCUCGAGUCGCUGGUGACCCUGGUCAUGGAUACGGGGAUUUCAAAGCGGGUUUCACGCGUCGCUGUCUCGACCGUCAUCAUCAUCGUCUCGUUUCUUCUUUCGCUCAUGUACUGCACUCACUUUGGCAGAGAUCUGCUCAACGCGGUUGACGCCUGGAUCAGCGAUCUGUCUUUGGUGGGCAUCGUCGCCCUCGAGUCUGUGGUGUCCACUACCGUUUACCGUUUCCGCGAUGUUACGGGACAGGUAGGCCUGCCGGCAUUCGCCAUCUUCAACGGCGGCUACGCGCUGGCGUUUGUCCUGGGUCUGAUUAUCGCACAUCACGUGUCUCCCGAGGCUGGCGCUGGCGCGGGAUUCGGUAUUUUCAUUGCCGCCCUCUUGUUGUGUGUCUUCAUGGCGAGGACACCCUCGGUACCGGCCCCCAGGUUCUGGGGCGGUAAUCCUCUGCUCAACAAGUUGUGGUGGCUGGCCUUCUACUCUGGAAACCAACUCCGUCGUGAUCUGAACGUCACAGUCGCGCAAGGCAACAACUGGGCCAUCCCCUUCUUCUGGGCACCGGUACUCAAGUACAUCUCGGCGCCGAUCCUGCUCAUCGUCUUCUCGCUCGGAUACCCCAAAUUCACCUCGAGGAUGCAGGAUCCCCUCGAGAUUCUUGGUUUUGCCAUAUCCCACUGUAUCAUCGCGGUAGUCCUCCUCGGCUUCCUCCUCCCCCGGUGGUUUGACGUCUUCAUCCCAGAGCAGCGCCGCAACGAGGGCAUCCUGCCUUAUGCGCCUGGCGUUACGCUGGGCACGUCGCCGGAGGAUGCUGCACGCGGCGCGACGGAGGCCGGAGUUGACAGGAACAUUGAUGGCGUUGACGACAUGCAGGAGAGCAAACCAGUCGACAGUGGUGAGGUCGAUGGCACUAGAACUCCGAGCGAUGACCUGUCGGACAAGAGGGUCGAUGUUGACGAUCGUGUUCAGAGUGACCCCAAGACUAAGCCUGUGAUGAACGAUGUCAACUGAUGUUAACGAGCAAGUAGCGGUGAUUUCUUGUUGUUUCGUGGACGAAGUGCUUACUUGGUAGAUUCCCCCCCCC